GUCUGUUUCCAUUUCACUCAUGCCUCCCUCGCGAUCCCAAGACGCAAUGAACGUGACAAUCAAGCACAGCGGCAAGUCGUUCCCCGUCGACGUCGACGUCUCGGCGCCGGCAACGGCGUUCAAGGAGUCGAUCUACAAGGUCACCGGCGUGCCUGUUGACCGUAUGAAGGUCAUGGUCAAGGGUAUCCUCAAGCUGGGCACCGCUGAUCAGCAGGACGACGCCGACCUCUCCAAGCUGGGUCUGAAGGCCGGCCAGGCCAUCACUGUCAUCGGCACCGCUGGCCCGCUGCCCGAGGCACCGACGCAGCAGAUUGUCUUCUUGGAGGACAUGGACUCUUCGGAGCUCGCGCAGCAGGCAGGCAUUCCCCCGGGACUCGAGAACCUCGGAAACACAUGCUACCUCAACUCGACGCUGCAGGCGCUGCGCACCGUCCCAGAGCUGCAGACCGCACUCGAGGGCGCCUCGUCGAGCAACAGCGCCGAGGGCCGCCUCACCGUGUCCCUCAAGAACCUGUACACUGGCAUGUCCAAGACGGCCGACCCCGUCAGCCCGUUCGCGCUCGUCACCAACCUGCGCACGCUCGCGCCCCAGUUUGCCGAGCAGGACCAGCGCGGCAUGUACUCGCAGCAGGACGCCGACGAGGCCUGGACCCAGGUCAUCUCGGCGCUCCGCGCGACGCUGCCCAGCCAGGGAGGGCGUGGAACCUUUAUUGACGACCUCAUGUCGAUCACCCUGACCAAGACGUUGACAUCGCCCGAGGCGCCCAACGAGCCCCCUGCCGUGUCCACCGAGCACGUCCUCAAGCUCGAGUGCAAUAUUACCAUUGACACCAACUUUUUGGUCUCGGGUAUCCUUGACGGCUUGGAUGAGAAGAUUGAGAAGAACAGCCCGUCGCUUGGCCGCACGAUCGUGUACGACUCAAAGUCGAGGUUGUCACGUCUUCCCCAGUACCUCGCCGUGCACCUCGUCCGCUUCUACUGGCGACGCGAUAUCCAGAAGAAGGCCAAGAUCAUGCGCAAGGUCAAGUUCCCUCUGCAGCUGAAUGCCCUUGAGAUCUCGACCGAGGAGCUGAGCAAGCAGCUCCAGCCCAUCAACACUGCCGCGAACAACAUUCUCAAGACGCGUGACGACCGUGCCAAGAUUGCGAAGCGCGCAAAGGGCAAGGCCGCGCAGGCUGAGGAGGUCACCGAGGAGCAGCACCGUGACAAGGAGCACAAGGAGAUUGAGGAGCUCGUCUCGGCUGCGGGCAUCACGGAGAAGGGCGUAAACGCGACGGGCAUGUACGAGCUGUGUGCCAUGGUCACGCACAAGGGCGCGUCGGCCGAGUCGGGCCACUACAUUGGCUGGACGCGCAAGGACGACGGCGAGAUUACCGCCUCGGGCGAGGAGCAGUGGUACAAGUUUGACGACGACAAGGUGUCCACGGUGACUGCCGACAAGAUCCUGUCCCUCGACGGCGGUGGCGAGGACUCUGUGGCCUACAUUCUCCUCUACCGCGCCAUCAACUUCUAGAGCAGCAGCAGACAGAGCAGGAGCAGACGGAGCAGAGCAUAUUAGUAGAGUAGAUGGAUGAUGUGACUUGUGCGGCGAG